AUGGCUAAAACCAAAGUAACGGGGGCUACAAGCAGACUAAAGCAGGAUUAUCUCAGACUUAAAAACGACCCUGUACCAUAUGUGACUGCGGAACCAGUACCAUCAAACAUUCUAGAAUGGCAUUACGUUGUCAAAGGACCAGAGACGAGUCCCUAUGAAGGCGGUUACUAUCACGGAAAAAUAAUAUUUCCUAGGGAAUUUCCUUUCAAACCGCCAUCCAUUUACAUGAUUACGCCAAACGGAAGGUUUAAAACGAACACUCGAUUGUGCCUUAGUAUUACCGAUUUCCACCCCGAUACAUGGAACCCUGCAUGGUCAAUAUCAACUAUUUUGACUGGGUUGCUAAGUUUUAUGCUAGAGAAAACACCUACAUUGGGAUCUAUAGAGACGUCAGAUUAUCAAAAACGAUGUUUGGCAGCUGACUCAUUGGAAAUAAACAUAAAGAACAAAAUGUUUUGUGAGUUGUUUCCAGAAUAUGUUGAAGAAAUCGAAGAGCAGUUGAAGCAACGGCAGGAAGCUUUGCUACAUGCAGAUAACACAAAUUCUACAAGUGAAAGUGAAGUGAUGACCGACCAACAGUCAAACAUGUACUACAUUCUGACAAACUUAUUUGUUUUGGUAGGCUUUGUAUUCCUUGCAUAUAUGGUCAAAUAUGUAUUAGUUUCCAUAUCUAAUGAUUAG